CUUGGGCUUGCAUGGCUGCUUCUGGAACAGACUCAUUAAGCUUUAUUGAUGAUUUAACUCAUGAUGGUAGAAGCAGAAUGAAUUCAGAAGUCUACAGAAACAUUCUGCCUGCCAGUUUACAGAGAAAGGCAUCGGGUUUAACUGGGAGGAACAUAGGUCCUUAAAGUUUUGCCAUGUCUGCCAUUGUGUAAUUGCACCAAAUUUUGUGUCAUCCAUGAUACCCCCCUCUUUACUAAUAAUGACACCAUGACAGACAUUUUUGGCAUUAGAAAUUCGCACUUCAGAUUUUAAUGAGCAAUUUAACAUGCUCAUAAUAAAUCCAAAACAUGUGGCAAAAACAUGGUCAGAACAGGCAGAUAAUCAGGCAAUCAUCAAACACAUGGAAAAGGGCUACACCAGACUCAAGAAACCAAAAGAUAAAUAUCAAGAACAGGAUAUGGAACACAGUAAACAAAAACUUGGUAUAUCAGGCACGUACACUGAGUGAUACUUCAGAUCAUGUGUGGUUUUGGAGUCAUAUUUAUAGAGUGCAGGUGUGCUUGAUUAGAAGCCAGGUGAUCUUGAAUGUGCAAUUGAAGCAUUUUUCUGGGGAUUGUCAUUCUGGGCGUCCAUGUUAUAAUGGUAUAAUCUGGGAUACGGAAUUUGUCACUGAGUCCAGGAUUGACAUGACAGGAUGUCUAGAGGUGUUGUUAGAGGGACACUUUCUCAUAGAGGUUUCAGGGGUUAGGCAGGUUAGUGAGGUGGCAAUUCCAGCAUGUAAGUUACCUCAUUGGUUCUUUGCAUUAUAUAUUGAAUGGUCCCAUGUAAUGGUGGGUCAGUUUUCUUCAGCCUUGUGUGGUGCAAAUGUCUUUGUGGUCAAGAGCCUGUGGUCAGGUUUGGGCUGUUUCCUGAUAAAUGUCCCAUGAGAAUGCACCCACAAAGCAAGACUGGGAAAUAUUUGUUGUUUUCCAGUUUCUUUGGGGAGUGCAGGGUGAAGGCAUGACGGGGAGUCUGCCUUGGUGUUCUUUGAGCCAGGUCUGCAACAGAGAUUGAACCGGAAUCUGGCAAAGAAGAGAGCUCACGUUUCCUGCUGUGAGUUUAAAUGUUUGGCUGUUUUGAGGUACUCAAGGUUUUUGUGGUUGGUGUAGAUGACAAAUGGUUGCUCAGCACCCUCCAGCCAGUGGUUCCACUGCUCUAGGGCUAGUUUGACCUUGAGCAGUUGUCUGUUCCCAGUGUCAUCAUUCCUUUCUCCAGGCGAGAGUUUCCUUGAAAUUAAUGCCAGAGGGUAAAGCUUAGGUUUCUCUCUGAACCAGUGUGACAACCCUAAGCCUAACUCAGCUGUAGAGGGUUCAGUCCUCUAUAGUCAGUGCAUGGUCUGCCCCCCUUUUUUCCCACAAAGUAUAAUCCAGCAGAUGCAUGUGAUGUGGAGGGUCAAAUCUAGCUUUAUUUGAGUGCUUCCUCGAUGUACUCCAUAGCUUUAUUCUGUGUGGCAGACUAGGGAGAUACGGUUAUGACGUGAUGUGGUGCCAGCCAUGAGCUCCAUGGCACAAUCAUAUGGCCUCUGAGGAGGCAUUUAUCAGUGGUAGAUUAAGUUAAGCACCUUUUAUUAUUCUACUUUUAAUAGUUCUCUUUUUUUUUUUAAAAUCAUGUGUUUCUUUGAAACUCCUUCUUCCCAGGUGAAGCUGUGUGAUUUUGGUUUUGCGCGGAUCAUUGGGGAGAAGUCUUUUAGGCGCUCUGUGGUGGGAACACCUGCUUACUUGGCUCCAGAGGUGCUGCUGAACCAGGGGUACAACCGUUCUCUGGAUAUGUGGUCUGUCGGAGUCAUUAUGUAUGUCAGCUUGAGCGGGACCUUUCCCUUUAAUGAGGAUGAAGAUAUCAAUGACCAGAUCCACAAUGCUGCUUUCAUGUACCCACCAAACCCCUGGAGGCAAAUCUCUACAGAAGCUAUUGAUCUCAUCAAUAACCUGCUUCAAGUGAAGUUGAGAAAACGCUAUAGUGUGGACAAGAGCCUGAGUCAUGUCUAUUUACAGGACUAUCAGACAUGGCUGGACCUGCGAGAACUGGAAUCAAAGCUUGGUGAACGUCAUAUAACCCAUGAAAGUGAUGAUGCUCGCUGGCAGAGGUUCACUCAGGAGCACACACUGCCUUACCCAGCUCACCUGGUACCUGCAUCGACUGCCUAUGAUGACGAGCAGGAGGACAUUGACGAUGCUUGUAUGCAGGGACUGACUGAGCGUGUUAGCAUCCUCUGAG